AUGGCGAGACUGUCGGAUUCGCACAACGUCGAGCGAGGUGUGGGGCAACGGCCUCCUCCUCAACAUCACCGAGGAUGGCAAGCACGAGAGCGGACAGCUAGCGGCGGUGCGCGCUCUCCCUCCCGCGAAUCACCUGCCAGCAACAGAGAUGGGUCUGCUGCCAACCCAAGGAAGGCCAGCAGCUCGAAGAGUCUGCGACCCCACGACAUACCUUACGCCACGGGAAACAGCUACGCCGCUGCGGUGAAUACAACGGCGGGCACCACAGCUUCUGCUGAGCCUGGAAAGGUACCCGGUGGCAUAGACGACAAGGGCAUCGUUUUGAGGUGCGUGGACACAGGACGUCCUGGAUAUGUAUGUGUGGAGACAACAGCCAACCGAGUACGCUUCUUUUUGUCCGACGUGGCACUACUGCCUGCUGUAUUGCCCAGAUGCAUGUACACCAACCAGAAGACGAAAAAACGCAAGACCUGGUCGGACGGCGCCGUCAAGUGCUGCCCGAAACGCCAACGGGUGUCCCUUUACCGUUGGAGCGAAGCACUGGGCGUCACAGAGAAGCUCCUCGGCGAGGUCUACCUUACCGUGCCACAGUACGAGGCGUUUAUCACACAAGGGGAGCCGGAACUCGAGAUGGAACUGUACAUUGUUUCCUUGGACGGUGUCAUACAAUCCGAUGACAACGCGUCCGGCGGCGGUGCCGGCUCGGCGACCACCCCCGCAGAGAGCACGGCGGCGAUCGGGGCUUCUGGGGGCGGCGGAACCACCGCCACCACCGCCGGCAAAAAGAGAAAAAUUUUCAAGGCGUUCAAGCCGCCCGCGAGGAGAGAGCCGACCCCCGCUCCCCAGCCUGACGAUUCUUGGGGCCGGCUGCCGCCGGGGGGGGUGAGUCUCCGCGGGAACGGUGACAGAGGCGGAGAUGGCCGCUUUCCUUCCAACAGAGGAGGCGGAAAAUUAUCCCCUCGCACAACUUACACCGGAUUCGGCCACGUUGAGUCCUUGUGGGAUGAGGACGAAGAAGAAGACGACGGACAGGACCGCCAUGAGGAUGGAGCUGGGCUGGCCGACGAACACCGUGCUGGAUGGGGCAUGGGAGGGGCUGCCGGGCCGGGCUACCAGAACCCAUACGAUGUCGGUAACGAGUCGGACGUGCUCCAACAGGCCCGGUCCGAAGCAGCGGUGCAACCGCCGUACCACCGGUCGACCGGCACCUCAGCAGUAGGCAGCACGAAUACCUGGAUGUGGGGGCCGCCGGCUGGGGAGCACUCGCUCGAUGGGCCACUGCGGCCGUCUCGAUCGACCGCUGAUUUUGCCAGCGGUUCUCCUGCGCAGCAGCAGCAGCAGGAGCGAGGUCGUCAUGACGAGACAGCAGUGCCUGGCCACCACGGAGAGGACGGCCCUUCCUCUUACCUCGAACGCCUUCGGAGAGGAAACGACGACGAUGACGACGUGGGAAGACGGAGCGCGAGCCAUUACCCCGAGAAUCAACGAUGCGGUCGCGACGGCGCCGUGACAGCGGCUGGAGGCACCGGUGGCAGGGAAGAAAACACGUUCGGGCGUGGCAACGCUAUCGGUGGUGCUGGCUCCCGCGUAUCCGAGGAGGUCGAUCGCGAAACACCCGGCGAUGGUGCUAGGAUGGAGAUGCGCUCCACCCAGGACAUCCUCUCCCUGUUCGGCGGCUUCGGAGGGACGCCAUCUACCCAAGGUGGGCACGAUCACGGCGAACAGGAACGAGAGACGGCCGAGAGUCAAUGGCGCGGGCCAACUGAAGCCCCUCUCGGAUCGCAAGCAUCCGGGGAUGCUCUCAUGCCAGUCGGGGGCGGCAUUCGCCGGGCGGUGGACAUGCGCCGGACGCAGAAAGAAGCCCGGGCAGCGGCGGCGGCGGUGGCGUCUGGAGGAGGUGUAGCUGGCGCGGUAACCGGAGCGGCAUCGGCGAGGGGCGCGAGCAAUGACGACGCGGUUACGGGGGACUGGGCUUGCGGAACGUGCGGGGUGCGCGGGGGCUCUUCGUCUGCGUCGUGCCGUGUCUGCGGCGCCAAGCGACAAGAGCUCCGGAGUGAUGGCGUUGCGCAGGGCGGUGACGAUGGUGUUAGGGGGGGCAUCGGCAGCCAGGAAGGACGGGUGGGGUGGGGUCGGGGGGAUGACUUCGGCGGAGGUGAACGGCCACAAAAGAAGGCUUUGGAAGGCAGAGCAGGGGACGUGGGCGAUCGGCCUGUUAUUCUUGGCAUCGCGGAAGGCUUAGAAGCAGGUGCCCCUGGUCGGUGGCGCACUAGUUCUCCGGACCGCCCUGCUUUCCCGCAGUCAGGAGCCGGGGGUGGCGGGGAGGGUGCUUUUGGGGGUAGUGUGCUUGAGACGCCGAGUAGCUGCCGGAAGAUCGGUCAUCGAAUGCAGAUGGACAUGGGUUCUUCGUCGGAUAGCGAUGAGGCUUGA